UAGACAAAUGUUAAUGAAUUUCACAUUAAAGGCGCGCGCGGGCUACCGGUUCUCUGAAGCCAUGGCUGGAGUGAAGUGUUACUUUGAUAUUUCCGCCGAUGGCGUUUCCCUUGGCCGGGUCACUUUUCAGCUCUACCCUGAUCUUCCAAAGACUACUGAGAAUUUCCGCGCGUUGUGCACCGGCGAAAAGGGUUUCGGGUACAAAGGGUCCAGUUUCCACCGCAUUAUUCCUGGCUUCAUGUGCCAAGGCGGUGACUUCACAGCGGGGAAUGGCACUGGAGGCAAGAGCAUCUACGGUGCAAAAUUUGCCGAUGAGGGAUUUCAACACAAACACACUAAACCUGGAUUACUCUCGAUGGCAAAUGCUGGACCUAACACCAACGGCUCCCAGUUCUUCAUCACGACCAGCGUCUGCGGCUGGUUAGAUAACAAGCAUGUUGUCUUUGGAGAGGUAGUGGAUGGAAUGGAUAUCGUAAAGAAAAUGGAAUCGAUGGGAAGUUCGAGCGGGCAAACCUCGAAGAAAGUAACGAUUGCUGACUGCGGACAAUUGUGAGCGCGUUUGCGCUGUACCUUUAUGUCAUCAGUAAAUUGUUGUACCCCG